AUGCGCCGCAAUGUCGGCAUCUCGUCACUGCAGCGACACACUGACUCGCUGACAUCCUAUACAAGCUUGUCAAGCGACAUCACAGCAGCCCAGACAGACAUCCUUUCAGCCCAAUUGAGUACCUUUCAGUCGACUCUACGCAACUUUGCAACUCAGCAUCGAGCAAAGAUUCUCUCGGAUCCCGUCUUCCGACAGCACUUUAGCGAGAUGUGUGCACAGCUGGGCGUGGAUCCGUUGGGCGCACCCGUACCUGCUUCCGGUCGUUCGCGUACUGCUGGUAUCUGGGAUAUGCUAGGAAUUAGCGACUGGACGUACGCAUUGGCUGUACAGAUUGUCGACGUCUGUUUGGCCAGUAGAGACCGUAACGGUGGUCUCAUCGAGCUAUCUGAGCUCAUGCGCGGCAUUGCCAAGCUCAGAACGGGCGCAGAACCUGCCAUCGCCGCGGCGCCAAGUGCCAAUGGCGAUGAUUCGAGCAUAUGGGGUAGAUGGACUCGCAAAGUCACCCAUGCCUCGCCCUCCCCGACGGCGAUGAUCACAGAAUCCGAUAUCAUCAGAGCGUUGCGCGUGCUCGAGCCGCUAGGUACAGGCUACCACCUCUUGACGAUUGGCGAUAGAAAGCUCGUUCGCUCACGCCCAGCCGAAUUCAACACGGAUGCCAUCAAGCUCGUCGAGAUUGCUUCUCUUUCUGGCAACGGAUUCGUGUCUCAUGCGUUCCUGGAGAGCCAAGCACGCUGGACGCCUCAAAAGGUCGAAUCUGCCCUCGAGACGGCCCUCAUGAUCGAUGGACUCGUCUGGAUUGACACUCAGACUGACGACGGUCGUCCUCUGUACUGGGUUGCUGCGCUUUUCGAUUCCGAAGCAUCAAGCACACAUAGCACGCAACUUUGGCUCGAGAUCAUGCUGCUUCAGAUGCAUCGCAGCCUCGUUCGCGCACUCGUGCUGCUCUCCGCUUGCUUCAUCACUGGUCAAGCACUGCCUGUGAACCAAGAAGCUGCAUUCGUCAAAGGAACAACUCAUUACGUCCUCAGCCUUCAUGGCGAUAACGACAGCGGAGCACAUGUCGAGUUCGCUCUCGCUUUCGACCCUGUUGGGAAGUACUAUGGCGCUCUGAUGUUCGACUUUGACAACUCGCUCCAAGGUGGUGCUCGACCAGACCAGCACGGCCAGAUCUCGGCUGUAUCGUACUACUCCGACUGGACAUUCUUUACAGCCGCUGCCUCUGGACCUUACUCUGCGUCUCUGCGUCUCUAUCACAGCAAGACAGGCGUGAUCGACUCGUGGCAUUUCUUUGGAGCAAACAGCAAUGUUCAAGGCAACCCGGUCACCAGCUCUGCCCUGACUUACAAAGACAACAACGCUAUCAUCCCUCAAGUCUAG